CACCGUAAACAUUUGGCGCAGAACCGAACACGUCAGCUACGCGGAUUGUUUGUAAAACAACGUUUCUUUCGCCCCGCAAAUCUGAUCCGUAGCAGCAGUCCAUCCUGCGCCGUCCGCAUCCGAUCCGCGAAGUAUUUUCCAGGGCUAAAACGUGAAACACAGCAGCAAAAUGGUACUCAUUGCUGCGGCUGUCUGCACGAAGAAUGGCAAAGUGAUUCUGUCACGUCAGUUCGUCGAGAUGACGAAGGCACGCAUCGAGGGUCUGCUGGCUGCCUUCCCCAAGCUGAUGACCGCUGGCAAGCAGCAUACCUACGUGGAGACGGACUCCGUGCGCUACGUCUACCAGCCGAUGGAGAAACUUUACAUGCUGCUCAUUACCACCAAGGCCAGCAACAUUCUGGAGGAUCUGGAGACACUGCGCCUCUUCUCGAAAGUGAUUCCCGAGUAUAGCCACUCACUGGACGAGAAGGAGAUAGUGGAGAACGCCUUCAAUUUGAUCUUUGCCUUCGACGAGAUCGUGGCACUGGGCUACAGGGAGAGCGUCAACUUGGCCCAGAUCAAGACCUUCGUAGAGAUGGACUCACACGAGGAGAAGGUCUACCAGGCAGUGCGACAGACCCAGGAGCGUGAAGCGCGCCAGAAGAUGCGCGAGAAGGCCAAGGAACUGCAGCGUCAGCGCAUGGAAGCCAGCAAACGGGGUGGUCCCUCCCUGAGCGGCAUGGGCGGCCGCAGCGGCGGCUUUAGCGCCGACGGAUUUGGCAGUAGCGGUGUGAGCAGCAGCUCCGGUGCCUCUAGCGCAAACAUCGGCAUCACCUCUAUCGAUGUGGACGCCAAAUCCAAGGCGGCUGCCAGUAAACCAGCUUCCCGCAAUGCCCUCAAAUUGGGUGGCAAGUCCAAGGACGUCGAUAGUUUUGUGGAUCAGCUGAAGAACGAGGGGGAGAAGAUAGCCAAUCUGGCACCAGCGCCGCCCGCUGGAAGUUCCAGUGCUGCAGCCAGCGCCAGUGCAGCAGCCAAGGCAGCCAUUGCGUCGGACAUUCACAAAGAGAGUGUACAUCUAAAGAUUGAGGACAAGCUGGUAGUGCGUCUGGGACGCGAUGGUGGCGUGCAGCAGUUUGAGAACUCGGGCCUUCUCACGUUGCGCAUUACGGACGAGGCAUACGGCCGCAUAUUGCUAAAGCUGUCUCCCAAUCACACACAGGGCCUGCAGUUGCAGACCCAUCCCAACGUGGACAAGGAGCUGUUUAAAUCGCGCACGACCAUUGGACUAAAGAACUUGGGCAAACCGUUUCCCCUCAACACCGACGUGGGUGUGCUCAAGUGGCGCUUCGUCUCGCAGGACGAGUCGGCCAUCCCACUGACCAUUAACUGCUGGCCAUCGGAUAAUGGAGAAGGUGGAUGCGAUGUGAACAUCGAGUAUGAACUGGAGGCGCAGCAGCUGGAGCUGCAGGAUGUGGCCAUUGUCAUUCCCUUGCCAAUGAAUGUGCAGCCUUCGGUGGCAGAGUACGACGGCACCUACAACUACGAUUCACGCAAGCAUGUGCUCCAGUGGCACAUUCCCAUAAUCGACGCCGCCAACAAGUCCGGUUCCAUGGAGUUUAGCUGCAAUGCCUCCAUUCCAGGCGACUUCUUCCCCUUGCAGGUGUCCUUCGUCUCGAAAACGCCGUACGCGGGCGUGGUGGCCCAGGAUGUGGUGCAGGUGGACAGCGAGGCGGCGGUCAAGUAUUCUAGCGAAUCGAUUCUGUUUGUGGAGAAGUACGAGAUCGUGUAGGCCGCGCCGCUGGCCACGCCCACCUAAGUAGUACAUAGAUAUACAUAAUUUUCCGGGGUCAUCCGAUGCGAUGCAAUUAAUUCAACUGCUGCUGCAUGUUGAAAAUUAUUUUUCCAUGUUUGAACUUUAAAUAUUUAUGGCACAGACAGCUUCCCAAGGCGAGUAAUUGAUUCCAAAAAAAGAAAAACCAUCAAAACCAAUUAAUUAAACUAAUUUUGUGCACUCCAAGCGCUGCGUAUAACGGUAUCAAAUAAAUUAAUUGCAAUUAGUUGUAGUUGGCGAUUGCAGUGUUUUGUUUCGUGUGCUUCGACGCACCCCCUCAACUGGAGUAUUUUGUAUGUAAAAUGCUAUGAAUAAACCAUAUACAAUAUA